CGCCCGGACCCAUCAAAAACGGAAGAUCUAAUUACUCCGAAACUUCAAUUGGAAUCAUAGUACAGAUCAAACAACAUUAAUCUAUUCCACUCCAAUCUCUAUCAUCAAUCCAUCAAUCAGUACUUAAAAUCAAUCACCAAAAAAAAUGGAGUCCCAUCACAGAAAUUUCUUCAUUAAUCUCCUGUUAAUCUUAAUACUGUCGUUCUUCAUGUCUACUACUACUGGUUCAUUCUCAAUCAGAGAAGCCAGUAUCCGCGACAUCCAACAAGCAUUACUGGAGAACGAGUUGACAUCCAGACAACUAGUUGAAUUCUAUCUACACGAGAUUCAAACACUCAACCCUCUUCUUCGGGCUGUAAUCGAGGUGAAUCCAGAUGCAUUAGAUCUAGCUGAUGAAGCUGAUUCGGAGAGGAUAAUUGCUAAGGGUAGCCAAUUGGGGGAGUUACAUGGGAUACCUAUCCUUCUCAAGGACACCAUAGGUACGAAAGAUAAACUCAACACAACUUCUGGAUCAUAUGCGCUGCUGGGGUCUGUGGUGCCGAGAGAUGCAGGGGUGGUCGAGAAGUUGAGGAAAUCGGGCGCGUUGAUUUUGGGGAAGACGAGUUUAAGCGAGUGGGCAUACAUGCGUUCCUUCCAUAGUCCGAAGGGUUGGUCUGCAAGAGCUGGCCAGGGUAAGAAUCCGUAUGUUUUGUCAGGCACUCCAUGUGGUUCGAGUAGUGGAUCAGCUAUCUCAGUAGCUGCGAACUUGGUAACGGUAUCAUUGGGUGCUGAAACGCAUGGAUCGAUACUUUGCCCGUCUAGUCAUAACUCGGUUGUUGGAAUUAAGCCUACUGUUGGACUCACAAGUCGAGCUGGGGUCAUCCCGGUUGCGCCUAGACAGGACACAAUUGGACCUAUUUGCAGGACCGUAUCAGAUGCGGUUUAUGUGCUCGAUGCAAUUCUGGGUUUUGAUCAGCUAGAUGCUGAAGCAACUAAAGCAGCAGAAAAGUACAUACCUGAUGGGGGUUACAAGCAAUUUCUCAAAAAAGAUGGUCUGGCAGGCAAAAGAAUAGGGAUAGUCAGGCAUCCAUUUUUCAGCUUUCCUCAUGAGUCGAACAUUUCACAAGUUUUUGAAGGGCAUUUUGACACAAUCAGGAAUUCCUCUGCGGUUUUAGUGGACAACCUGGAAAUUGAGCACAUCGACAUCAUUACUAAUCCUGGUCAUAGUGGUGAAUUAACAGUAAUGAAGGCGGAGUUCAAACAGUCGUUGAAUAUUUACUUGAAAGAGCUAAUUACUUCUCCAGUGAGGUCGUUGGCUAAUGUAAUUGCCUUCAAUCAAAACCAUAAGGAUUUGGAAAAGGUAGAUAAGUUCCCUCAAGAUAUGCUAGUAGCGGCGGAGAACACACAUGGAAUGGACGGGGAGAAAGAAAAGGCUAUAGUGGAGCACCUGGAGAGAUUGUCAAGAGAUGGGUUUGAAAAGUUGAUGUCGGAGAACAAGUUGGACACAAUCGUGACUCCAGGUUCAGAUUUUGCAGCUGUGCUAGCGAUUGGAGGAUACCCUGGCAUAAGUGUUCCAGCAGCUUAUGAUGAAGAUAAUGAUGGUAUGCCAGUAGGAAUCUGUUUUGGAGGGUUAAGGGGCACAGAGCCAAAGCUUAUUGAAAUUGCUUAUGGAUUCGAACAGGCGACACUAAUUAGGAGACCUCCGUCCUUAAAAUCAGAAGAUGAUAACAGGAGUAUCACUCAGCUUCUAGCUAGUCAAUAGCGCAGUAGUAAUUCUACCAGACGAAGAUGUUGUAUUUAUUUUCCUCAUCAUUAGGGUUUGU